CUCGUGUAUUAAUUCACUGCUGUUCUGCAUUUCUUCAACAGAAGCUGUUUCUUUAUCAACAUCAGGAAAAAUACUGAUCAUCACAAAUCACUUCAGAUGCUGCCUGAUCUACCAACUGUUUCCAGCACUUCCUGCUUCUAUUUUGAAAUGAUCUUUGCAAUGACAGUUGGGGUAAACAGUAUCAAGUGGAUGAGAGCGGCUUAGAUAACAACGUUACUUGGUCUCUGGAAACUGCAGGAGGUUAGAAUUGCCACAGUCUUCUGUGGAAAAACAACCCACAAGUCAGAAGAAAAUCCAUCGUAUUGCCAGUAUUGAGAGACUUCUGAAGCUCUUUGGUUCACAUCAUCAUGACAAUAAACGGAAACAAGUUGGACAAUGAAACUCUGGAAAUGCUCUCAAACCCGCCAAUUAAGAAUAUCCUUCCUGUCAUUUACCUCAUUGUUGUUAUAAUCAGUUUGCCUGGGAAUGGGUUCUCCUUGUUUCUGCUUUGCCGAACUCAGCCAAAGACACCAUCCAUCAUAUUCAUGAUCAACCUCACCAUCACUGAUCUGAUACUUGGAACCUUUUUGCCCUUUCAGAGCAUGUACCAUUGGAAUGGAAACAACUGGACCUUUGGAUCAAGCCUGUGCAGUAUGGUCACUGUAUUAUUCUACGCCAAUAUGUACUGCUCUAUCUUAACCAUGACUUGUAUUAGCUUGGAGCGUUAUGCAGGUGUGGUGCUACCAAUGAAGUGUACCAAGUGGCGGACAAAGAGAUAUGCCAUUCUGGUUUGCUUUGGGAUGUGGACACUUGUUCUUAUCACCUUGCUGCCUCUGGAGAUGAAUGAUUUGACUUAUGAGGUUCAUGAACUGAAUAUUACCACAUGCUUUGACAUUCUGAAAAAAGACAUGCUUCCUUCCAAAGAGGCUUGGGCUGCUUUCCUCUUCACCUUGUUUGGAAUUCUGUUCCUGAUUCCGUUUUUCAUCACUGUGUACUGUUACAUCCGAAUCAUCGCCAAGCUGAUCAAAACCUCUACAUCUUAUGGCAAUAUACAAAAGCGGAGAGCAAUUUGCUUGGCUUUAAUUGUGCUCUCAGUGUUCAUAACAUGUUUCACCCCCAACAACUUCAUCCUUCUGGUCCACAUGAUCAAACGGAUCUUUUACGGGGAAGGCAUUUAUAGCGCCUACAAAAUCACACUCACCCUGAGCUGCCUUAAUAGCUGCCUGGACCCUUUCAUUUAUUAUUUUGCUUCCAAGGAGUUUCGCAAGAAGCUCAGAACAUGUUUGGGUUUAGCAAACGUUUCAAGUCAAGGAAGUUUAACUGAAUACAGAAGGGAGAGUAUGUUUUUGAUGAGAUCAGGGCAGCACCAUCAGAAUUUAGAAAUGCAGGCUUCUCUGAAUACAGCAAAUGGAUUGGUUUAGAUUUGAGGUGGCAGAAGGAAGGGUGAUGUUGUACCAGCUCCAGGAAAAAUUAACCUGAUUGACAACUUUAAAAAUCAAUAAUGAAACCAAUGUUACAAAUGAGUAUUUAUCCAACUGUUCUGGCAGUAAAUGGAUGAAUUCCAAAAGUAUGUGUCUGAGGUUAGUUCCCAGAUUUGAUGUAAACUUGAACACAAUGAAAGGAUUGGGUUCAUCAGUUCAUAGCCAAGGUUCCUACUCAGCGACAGCUAUGACAGGAAACAGGCUCGUCCUCUAUGGAAGAGGGAAGAAAGGAGGUUUGAAAACAAGAUUCUGACAAGAACUUGGCCAGUGAUUGAUGGUCACUGACAGAGAAAUCCAACAAAGCACACCCUGAUGAAUGUAACUUUGGGACCAUGAACUUAAGGCACUUGGAUGUAGGGGUGGGAGAGGAGAAGAGGCUGGGAACUCUCAGUUCUUAAAAAUGCACCAAGGAUUUUGGAGAGGACUUAUUGACCUGUAAAGUUAACCUCAUCUUCCCCUCUCUUCUGAUGUUUGCCUUACCUGCUGUGCAGUAGUUUACAGUUUUUUUUUGAUCAGAUUUCAAAUAGUUGUGGUAUUUUACUCUGUGUCACACAUAGGUUAGCAUUGUUCUCAGGGUUUAGCAGAUACAAGACUUCAGAAUUUUAAUAAUGCUGUGUGAGCACGUCAAUAGAAUUACUAGUGGAUCACAGAAAAGCAAAGUCACCCAGAUGAGAAAGCUUUCACUGUUACUUAAGCAUAAAUUCCAGAACAUAUGCAUUCAGAGCUGUGUAAAUGAAAUACAAUAAGGUACCUCAAAUUAAGUUCAAGAUUUCUUUCAGCACAUACCUUAAGCACGUGGUCAUACAUUUUAUCUGCUGCUGUAUAAGUGUGAAUGUUUGUUGUUGUUGUUGCAUCUUGAUGUAAAAAUCACCAAGUAAAAAAAAAAAUAGCUGCAGACAUGAGAAGGUCCAGUUAUGUAGUUAGGCACCUUCCUAGACCAGAGGUGGUCGAGAGGGGAUUAGAAAGAUAUCUUCAAAAUCAUGAAGAGUUGGUAGAAAUCAAGAGAUGCUGUUGCUAUUGGCAAGAGUCAAGAAGCUAUGGAUGUAGAUUUAAAUAAAUUGGCAGGAGAGUCCAUUCCUUGAAAGGCUGAUAAAAAACAGAUUCAGUCAAGGCUUUCAACAAGGAACUGGAUAGAUACUUGAGAAUGUUUGCAGAGUUCAUGGGCAGUAGUGGGAAAUGGAGCAAUAGUCCAACAAUCUGUCAUAUCUAGUGCAGGUCCUUCCCAGCUUACGAACCUCUGACCGAUGUACAGCCCAUAUAUGAGCGAGCUUUAGGGAGACCGGUGGGGUGAAUUUACCAGCUGCUUCAGGGCUGCAGGCAUCUUCUGCCACCUGGGAACUCGGUUCAAGGCUGAAUAUCUGACUUGCAAAGGUCAGGUUAUGAACCAUUCUUAGGAAUGGAACCUUGUUGUAACCUGGGGAUGACCUGUACAAUGUCUAUGGCAUGCUUGCCUUCAUUGCUAGGGGCAUAGAGUAAAAGAUUCAGGAAGUCAUGAUGCAGUUGUAUAAAACUUUGGUUAAGCUGCACUUGGAGUAUUGCAUGCAGUUCUGAUCACCCCGUUACAGGAAGGAUGUGGAGGCUUUGCAGAGGGUUCAGAAGAGGUUUACCAGGAUGCUGCCUGGGUUACAGAAGAUAAACUAUGAGGAGAGAUUGGACAAACUUGGAUUGUUUUUUCUGGAGCGUUGGAGACUGAAGGGAGACCUGAUAGAAGUUUAUAAACUUCUGAGAGGCAUAGUGUAGACAGCCAGAAUCUAUUUCCCAGCAUAGAAAUGUUGAAUACUAGAGGGCAUAGCUUUAAGAUGAGAGAGGGAAAGUUUAAAGGGGAUGUGCAUUGCAAGAAUUUGACACAGAGUGGUAGGUGCCUGGAACGCACUGCCAAGGGUGGGAGUGGAAGCAGAUAUGAUAGUGGCAUUCAAGAGGCUUUUAGAAAGGCACAUGAAUAUGCAGAGAUUGGAGGGAUAUGGAUCAUGUGCAGGCAGAAAGGAUUAGUUUAAUUUGGCAUCGUGUUCAGCACAGACAUCAUGGGCUGAAGGGCCUGUUCCUGUGCUGCACUGUUCUAUGUUCUACGUCCAUGCAGAUAAGACAAUGGGGAAAUCGAGAGAACUGUUUCUGAAGAGAAUGAGAGGUCAGUUAAUGGGGGCACCAAAGAUCUUGUGAAAACUCAGCAGAGAAAAUGUUUAUCUUUCCUUUGAGAUGAAAGCUUGUUGCUCUGAGUUACUGAAUUCCACCCUGAAACCCCAAAGUGUUUUGCAUCCCAGGAGGGAAACUCAUCCACUCAGUGAAGCCUGCUGAAGACUGCAAAACCACAGAAGUGAUUUAGGUAGCACCUUUAAUGGAAAGAAGCAGGAGCAGAGCAUUUUCAGAUAACAUUUGAUUGCGAGUCACAUCAAGAGUUGUUACAAUAGGUGGACAGAAGUUUGGCCAAAGACAGAGGUUCCAAUGUGGAGACAUUGAGUGGAAUUAGGGAGGGAAUUCAAGAGCUUCAGCUGUUAUUAGUGAUGGAAAUCAGGGAUGCCCAAGAGAUCAAAUUAGGAGGAACCCAGAUCUCAGCAGGUUCUAUGCCAGGGGGAGGUUAUGAAGGCAUCUGAUCGCUAGCAACAAGAAAUUAAAUAUGAGACAUCACUGGGUCAGGAAUCUAUAAGGUGAAGGGGAUUUAAGAUGAUACAGACUGACAUUGUUCACUGCAGUUGAAUAAUCUGCCAAGACUUCACAUGGUUUUUCAGGUAUGGGGAAAGAUGACCAGUAAUGAGUUACAGGAAAUCUGCUGAUAGCUCUGAAACCAACAAACAUUGGGGGGCCUUAAGUAGAAGUGGGAAUAGACAUGAAUAAACAAUCUAGUGAUAAAGAGAUAACAUUUCUCAAUACACUUUCUUCACCUGUUCCUAUCCUACUCUCUACUAUACCAUUCAUCUGGACUGAUCAUUUAACCAGGUUAGGUCUUAAACCACUGUGAUCAAUCUGAAUUGCAAUACAGCGGCCUCACAGCUCCACUGACUUCUGUUCAAUCUUGACAUCCAGUGCUGACAUGACAUACGUCAGUGAUAAUAAACCUAUUCUGACUCUGAUCCUGUCUGUGUGGAAAUUUGCACAUUCUCCCUGUGACCAUGUGAGUUUCCCCUGGGUGCUCCCAACUCCCAAAGAUGUGCAAAUUAAUUUGCCUUGCCCCUAGUGUGCAGGUGAGUAAAGAAUCUGGGGGAAGUCGAUGCAAUGAUGAGAAUAAAAAUAGGGAUUAGUGUAGCAUUUGUGUGAAUAGGUUCUUGAUGGUUAGCAUCGACUUGAUGGGCUGAAGGGCCUACUUCAGUGCUGCAUGACUAUUAUUCUAUAACAAAUUGUUUGCCCUACUCUGGAUCCCUAAAUGAACAUUCAAUAGUUAAUCAUUCUGAAGUUUUUAGCUGCCAUUGCUGGUUCUAACAAUUUAUCAUACUUAUAUGUUGCUGUACCUCAUGAAGAACCAUUUUCCUCAGUUAGCUAUCAACUUAAUUCCAUAAUUCUUUUUCAAUAAAGCGCUGGAGCCAAAUUCCUGUCUGGUGGCAAUCUGAAAUAAUCCACCCAUUAUGGAUUUAACUGAUGUAAUGAAUGAAAAUUAUAGUGAGUUACCUUCCUCACUAGAUUACUGUCUGAAUGUUAAGGGUCUGUUUAUCUUACUGUUUGUAAUGAGAAAAUGACUGUCUGAUGUAAUGGCAGAAUUAUCUUCUGCAAUAUCACAUUCAGAUUUUAUUAAUCAACCAUUCCUUAAACAGAUUUGUUGAUCUAAUAUGCUCUCGCAAGCAGAAUAAUUCAGUAACAGAAUCAAUCAUGAAUCAGCUUAGCUCAGUUCGUAGCAUGUUUGCUUCUGGAUCAGAAGAUUUUAUCAAGUCACAAUCCAAAGGUAUGAGCAUAAGUAUCUAGACUGCCAUUCCAAUGCAGUUGUGAUGGAGUCUGCACAAUUGCUGGCAUCUUCUUUCACAAGAGAUAUUAAACCAAGGCUCUGUGACACAUAUGCCUGCAUUGUACCAUAGAACAAUACGGCCGAUACAGGCCCUUUGGCCCACCAUGUUGUGUAUCCAGUAUAUCCACACCAGCCUGUGUGCUGUCCAAUGUAGCACAUAAUGGCCUGUGUAUUUUCCAGUAUAUGUACACAGCAACCCAUAUAUUAUCCAACAAGUAACAACUUAACAAUCUGCAAAUGUUUUAUGUAUCACUACCACAAACAUUAUCCACUUCAUGAUGCUCUCUUGCUCCCAUCAAUACUGAAGAAAUGGGAAAAAAAAUUAAAGAAACAUUCUCAUUGAAAACUGUAAAACAGCUAAUAACACUAGAAAACUCAGAUUAUCAUAGAAUCAAAGACCCAACUCCAUAAACCAAUACAAAAAUAAAGGAAAAUCUGUUUAAAUUUUGAUUUGGACCACCAAUGUGUUUUUUCUUCUGCAUUCCUUGCUAAAAUAAAAAUCCUACAUCUUCCAAUGGAUGGCAUCUGAAUCCCAUGUUCCACUUGGGGCCACUUUUUCUCAUUUGCAAGAGAAGCAGGCAGCUCAUGCUAUCCAUCCACUUAGCGUUUGGAUGGAGCAAAAAGAUCAGCUGGAAUUGAGAUGAGCUGAUGCGGAAAGGAAUUGUCAUUUUUGAGGUCGGGGAAGCAAAAUUUAACCUGAUUCAACACCAUAACUAGUCUAGCUCAGUUUCUUGUUGGAAAAUUCCUUCAAUUUCUUUUAAAACAAUGGAAGAUUCGGGACAAUUACAUUGAAAUGCAUUUCUAAAUGGGGAUGAGGAAGGCUUCUUUGCUGAUCCUGAUUUAUAUAAAGUCAGGAUGAACCCAAGGCCAUCCACUUCCCCACCCCUUCAGUCUUACAUUUGAUUGCUUUGAUGCGUUUAUCUCCAUUAACCAACCUGGGAAGAUAUUCUAUAAACUUGAGGGAUCCUAAAUUUAACUUUCACUGCAUUGAACCUCUGAUAGGUUGAUUGUCUCCCCCCAUUUUGUUUGAAGUAAUCUUUUCCGAACCAGUGAAACUGGCACAAAUCUCACUGGCAGCCUAUCACUCCUUUGGGCUGGCUCAGCUUCCAAGAGGAAGGUAGCAAUGUUGAAGGAGCAGUUCUGAUAUAUUAUUAAUAUUUAUGAAUGUGUAUCAUUUGGAGGGAAGACUACAGGGAGUGUACAGGGAGGGCUGAAUAGAUGCAUGAUUCCAACUGUGGUCUUUGAUUAUCUUGCACUUAUUAGUAGUUUGCUUAUUUUAUUUUCACCUACACAUUACUGUCUGACUUUUGGUUCUUGUCAAUGCUGCUUCA